GAUGUUAUAUAACCAUCAUGGAUAUUGUACGUUGAGGUCGACAAAAAAAGAGAAAGGUUACUCUUGAAGCGAUAAAUUUGGAGUAUGGACUUGGAUGACACACCACGAUGAGUUAUUCCACAUUACUGUUUUCGACACCGCCGCGAAAGGUUGCGCCCGAGUCCUUUCCGUCGCAUCAAUCACCGUUGGGCCCACCCCAUCCACCACACCCUCUCUCUCACGCACAUGCAUCAACCCCUCUCCUCCCUCAUCCCCCCCAUGCGCACCCAUCCUCAACACCCCUCCUCCCCCGCCCAGAUCCCUCCCGCAAAAUCCAACAACAACCCAUACCAAGUCCUCGCCGCUCCCUCCUCCUCCCAUCUGCCCGCUCCGCCUCGCAGCCUAUCCUAAAUGACCUUGUUUACUCCUCUUUGACCCGAUCCCCAUAUACGGGGUCCCCGCGUGACAGUGGCAUGCUACUACAAACAUCGCGCGGAACACUCUCCGAUGAUGAUAGUAUCAAAACCCGGACGCCUCCACUCUCGAUCUCGGAUUUAGGUCGAAAAGGAUUAUUAUUAGAUGGUGUGGGUAGACGAGAAGGACGGAAGUCUGUUCCACUUCCUGACAUAAGACCACCAUUAGGAGAUGGUCAAACUGAUUAUGGGCCGGUUCCAACUGGGUUGCUUUCGCCCACGUUUUCGGAUGAGCGAUUGGAUACACUUCCACCCCUCCUUCCCAUUCCCCCGAAAUUCACGACAAAGAACUAUAAAGACAAGACGUUACAAAUGAAGAUUGAGGAUUUUGAUAAAGUUGCGGAAAAGUUGGCGGAUGUUGAGCGGGCUGGGUGGUUUGAAGGGGAAUUGGAUGAGGAGCUUUGGAGGCAGUUGGAAAAAGAGGAUGAGGGGUCCGGUGGGUCUGAUGGGGAGGAGGGUGGUGACGGGGAAAGGGUGGUUCAAGAGGUGGUCAAUGUGCCGAAGCGUUUGAGUUUGGCGCCGACUGGGACGACUUUACCCCCGCUGAUUCAACCUGUGCCUGCCAAACCUGCCGGAUGGCGACGAUGGUGUGGGUGUUUUUGACGAAAAGCAUCCAACAACCU